AUGAGUCCGGGAUUAUGCAACUAUGCGAAGGAGAAUAUGAACGGACAUGACAUGACUAGGGAUACAGAACAACAAUGGGAACUCAUUGGCAGUCGGACCUACAAAUGGCACGGAUCAGAAGCUUUGCGCUGCAAACAUUGGGAUAAAGUAGCAGUCAGAUGGCAUCUUUCCACAUGUGGAUGGCGACAUGGACGUCGGUCUUGUAACGGUGGCACAAAUGCCGAUUUGGCUCGAGACCCUCAAAAUUAUGGUGAGCUGCCACGAUGGCGCAAUGCCUUCACGUACGCUCAAUUACCGAACCCCGAUCAUAAAGAUCAUCAUUUGCGGUUGGCUCUGGAGGGCUACGAUAAGAAGAUGGUGGAAGUGAAAAUGAUUUCUCCAUUGAAGAUCGAUGUCGAUUGGAAAUGGACGAUCGGAGAGGACGGAUGCAACAACUUCAGUGUACGGUAA